AUGGUCAACCCAUGGUCAUCUUCAUGCGGUUUGGAGCCUUCGCUGCAGUCCACGUGCUGGCUUGGCAAUAGGCAAGGUGUGAUGGCUGUGUUGCAGCACUACUCGAUGCCCGACUACACUUGCUAUACAGUAGUACAUGCCAGCAUCGUCAAUGCAGCAUUACGAUACAACGACGGAACCAUAGCGCUGCCCGUGACACGUGGCUGCAAUGCACGUCUCAUGUCAUGGGGAAAAGGCUAUCUGGAGCCCUACCACGCUGCCACGCGUUAUGAUCUCGACCCUUCGCACGCCUCGCCUGCUUUCGUGCAGAAGGCUAAUACUGGCAAAAUGAACAAGGAGGGUAUCUAA